CACUUUUCCACCACAAAAAGCCUUCGAUGGAAAGAAAAUGAGCUUCGGAGGUGCAUCGCUCUUCUGUUCGAAUGUAAAUGUGGGUUUUCUGAUCAUUUCCUCCUUAUAGAUCCCUCCGCCAAAAAGUGUACUAGCUGAGUCUUCACUUCCGGGUCCGCCAUUUUGUUGCCUCCAUUUCUCCACGAGGGGGGGUUAAAGGCCCCCAAAAUAUGCAUAUAUGAAAAAGCCAAAAAGUAACCGUCAGUGACAGGGAGUCUUAACUAGAGAAAGAAACGGAACCAAACUGGCGGGCUCGGUGAAAGCGCGGCCGGCAGCGUCCCGGACGAGGAGAUGUCUUUGGUGGACUUGGGGAAGAGGUUGCUAGAAGCAGCAAGAAAAGGCCAAGAUGAUGAAGUGAGAACAUUGAUGGCAAAUGGCGCCCCCUUCACCACAGACUGGCUUGGAACAUCACCCCUCCACCUUGCAGCCCAGUAUGGUCAUUAUUCCACAGCAGAAGUGCUCCUUCGAGCAGGCGUUAGCAGGGAUGCCCGGACCAAAGUGGACAGGACCCCUCUGCACAUGGCUGCAGCUGAUGGACAUGCGCACAUCGUGGAACUGCUUGUUAGGAAUGGUGCAGAUGUGAAUGCCAAGGAUAUGCUGAAGAUGACAGCUUUACAUUGGGCUACAGAACACCACCAUCGAGAUGUUGUAGAGCUACUUAUCAAAUACGGAGCUGAUGUCCAUGCUUUCAGCAAGUUUGAUAAAUCUGCCUUUGACAUAGCCCUGGAGAAAAAGAAUGCUGAAAUUCUGGUCAUCCUUCAGGAAGCAAUGCAGAAUCAGGUGAAUGCUAAUCCCGAGAGAGCCAACCCUGUGACUGUGGCUGCCCCAUUCAUCUUCACAUCUGGAGAAGUUGUCAACCUCGCUAGCCUUGUUUCUUCAGCCAACACCAAAACAACCUCAGGUGACCCCCAUGCCUCCUCAGCACCACACUUGUCAAAUUCCACCACCUCAGUGCUGGCCACCCUUGCAGCUCUUGCUGAGGCAUCAGCCCCCUUGUCCAACUCCCACAGAGCCGCAGCUAAUUCAGAGGAAAUGAUAGAGGGAAGUUCUGUUGACUCAUCAAUCCAGCAAGUGGUGGGGAGCGGAGGCCAGAGGGUCAUCACCAUAGUGACUGAUGGAGUCCCUCUGGGUAAUAUCCAAACUGCAAUCCCUACUGGAAGCAUUGGCCAGCCAUUUAUCGUAACUAUGCAAGAUGGACAGCAAGUUCUAACUGUACCUGCGGGUCAGGUUGCAGAGGAAACUGUAAUUGAAGAAGAGGAAGAAGCAGAGAAGUUGCCUCUGACUAAAAAACCACGAAUAGAAGAGAUGACAAACAGUGUGGAGGAGAGCAAGGAGGGCACUGAAAGAGAGCUGCUCCAGCAGCAGCUCCAGGAGGCCAAUCGAAGAGCUCAGGAAUACCGACACCAGCUCCUAAAGAAAGAACAGGAGGCAGAACAGUACCGCCUCAAGCUAGAGGCCAUGGCCCGACAACAGCCCAAUGGAGUUGACUUCACCAUGGUUGAAGAGGUGGCGGAGGUAGAUGCUGUAGUAGUUACAGAGGGGGAGAUGGAAGAGAGAGACACGGAAGUGACUGGGGCAGGAGGGACCAUGGAGCCUCAUCCUGGAGUUUCCUUGGAAACUGUUUCAUCUUAAUGUGCAAGGGCCACAACUUGUACUGUGUCCAUCUUUUUCCUCUUUUUAAAAGAAAAUACAGAGGACAGACAUUGUAUAAAAAUUAAGAAUGUCCUUAAGAAGAAAACUAUAGCAGGGUACAGUGCUUGGGCUCAGGAAGGCUUGCUAUGCAACUGGAAAAUUCAAAGCCAAAUUUAGGGAAUACUUUUGAGGGACCAAAAGAACAAGGACCAGAUUUCUCAGCUCACAUCAUUGCUUUAAGCUUAGAGGGAAAAGAAUGCUGGAUAUUGUGGGUUGUUUUUUAAAUAACUGACUUUGUAUCAGAAGAUUUUAAGGUAACAUUCCUAGUAGAGACACACAGAGCCUUUAAUUAGUGUACCAUCAAGUGACCUUAAAAUUUGCCUUAGAUUUAUGACGUGUACCUGGUAGAGAAGAAAACUAACUGGGAGGUGGAUUAGAAGCAAACUUUUGGGAAGAGAAAGAAAUAUAUUCCACUUCCAAAGGAGCAGGCAUUCCCCUCUAUCCUGAAUUAAUUUCACUGAAAAGAAAUUGGUAGUUGCCUAACUCUGCAUCCAUUAUGUGUCCAUAAUUCAGAUGCCAGUUUAAGAAACUGAAGUGGAAUAUUUAAAAACUGGAAAGGAAAGAAAACUUGUUUAUGUGGGAGAAGUGUAUGUAAAUCCAAAAUCCUCCAGGCUGUGCUUCCACAAUGCUGGAAAGUGGCCAGAAAGAGGCUUGUGGGGUUAUGAAACAAUCUGGUCUCGAGAUACAAACUUUGCUCUGGCUGGAUUUUAUAAAAUUGAAAUCAGGAGGAUAGUCUGUUGCUACAACUUGCUUCCAAACAUUUAUUUCUAUAAUAUUGAGCUUUAAUAACAGCUUUUUAAUUUUAUAAAAUUUUGUUGAGUUUUCUAAGUGUGUCUUUCUGUGGAGCUUACAUGGUAUCCUCUUCAUUGCAAAAAAAGAAGUCGGGGGAGGGGUGAGUACUGCGGGUGUUGGUGGAGUUUUGUUUCCGUUUGACUUGGGAUGAGCAAAUGGUUGUUUCCUUAAGGUUGGGUUUUGUGCAGAGCUUUUGUGCCUUAUAGGUGCUCAGUGUGUGUUGGCAAA